AUGAGCAUAGUAGACCAACAAAAACCUAAAAAGGACCCUACUGUCCGUCCAUAUAAAUGUCCACACUGCGAUAAAGCGUUUCAGAGGUUAGAACACCAAACAAGACAUAUCCGGACCCAUACCGGAGAAAAACCCCAUCAGUGUACAUUUCCUGGCUGUUCAAAGAGAUUCAGCAGAUCUGACGAACUAACUCGACAUCUGAGAAUACACACCAACCCCAAUAGCAGGAAAAAUCGGAAAAAGAAGAAAGAAGAAACAACCAAAGCAGUAUCAUCUCCUUCUCCACCGGAGGCGACCCCCAAACUUCCCCAACUUCCCAAAAACCCAUCAACUCACAGUAUAGAUAUUCUUGCUUCUGCUGCUACGGAAGAAUUGCGUAUGAUGGAGUCCAAAUCACUUCCUUCGUUGACAGACUAUUUUGGCAAACCACCUCCAAAAUCUAACUACGACUUUUCCAUGAAAAAACCCACAUUUCAGUUCCACGACACAACAAACUUGCACCACCUUUCCAACCUUGCGUUCAGAAUGACACCCGUGAAAACCCACAUCCAAGAAGAUUCCGACUUGGACUAUGUGAAACACAAAUUGAAAAGAUCACGGCCAAAUAGUCCUGGUCCAUCCACCCUUCCUAGUUCGCCGGUGUUGGGGUUGUCGACCAAUACUACCCCGCUGAUAUCUGCCAGCAAUAGCAGUACCAACCUCUCGUCACUAGGUAUGAUCGCCUCCUUCAAACCUUCAAUGCUACAUUCCCAAUCAAGCGAUGCCUUGCCUUCAAUAAAAAGUUUAAACUUACCUGAAUUUAAUAAAUAG